AUGACGGAUACGAUGGCGAAAGCAAGAGGUAGUCCGUGGAAGACAUCGAUUGAUAGCUCUGGUGGAGUCAGACGUGAUCGAGUAUCUGGUCCUGAAGAAUUCCAGAAGUCGGUGCUCUUCCCUACGGGUGAUUCCCCAUCAGUGAAAGAGAAGCAUGUCGAACCGGAGAUGCUUGAUCAUGUGCCGACGAAACGACAGAGUCAUAUUCUGUACAAAGGAUUUAUGUCUGGAAUUCAUGCUAUCAGUCCAGUGAUCCAUCCACCAACAAUCUUAAAGCUAUACAACUCCUUCUGGGACUGGUACGAUUACAGCAGCUACUCUGGAGAUUCUUGCCCGGACCCCUCGUUUAUUCCUCUUCUUUACGCUAUUUGGUAUGGUGGCUCGGUCACCAUUUCGAUCCGGACCAUCAAGGCUGAAUUCAAUGUCUCUUCGCGAUCCGCACUUUCUAAAACUUUCAACGACGAAGUUACGCGGUGGCUGACGAAGAUAUCGUUUCCGCGCAGCCCUUCGCUACAAGGGUUGGCUGCGUAUCUCCUGGUGCAAACGAUACUUUCAAAGGAAGAAGAACCGUUAACCAGCAGCUUGUUCAUUAGUCUGGCCAUGAGGGUAGCACAGACGAUGGGCCUGCAUCGAGACCCUGCUAAAUUCGGGAUUAAACCCUAUGAAGCCGAAUAUCGGCGGCGAAUAUGGUGGCAUAUCGUGCAUAUGGAUGGCGUUGUUGCUAUGUCUAGCGGGCUGCCUCCCUUGGUCAGCGAUGAGAACUUCUGGGAUGUCCGCGACGCCAGCGAAGUCAAAGACACACUUCUAGGGACACCCGAGGCCGAAAAGUACGAGGAACUGGUGGCAUCUGGUAUGCGGCCACCCGACAAUCCUGAUGAUCCAACUUUAUGCGGUGGACCAUCUAUGGUCAACGUGUAUUAUUUAUCAGCUAGAGGCAAAUAUGUCAUGGCCCGUGCUGUCCGUCGGAUAUUGAAGAUUCAACUGGGCACGAAACCCGUGACGCGCAGGGACAUGGAGGAGCUCAGGUCAAACCUCCUCGACCUGCAACUCAAACUCAAUUCUAUAAUCAACCGAAUCCCAGUAAUCGAAAACUAUCAACCUUCUUCCAGCGCUAAUAAUAGAUCGCUUUCGUUUUCAGUCUCUCCGGUAGAGAUGAGAACUAGCGACAUGGAACUUCCCGGAGAAGGGCCUGGUCGUUGUACAGAACAAUACCACUCUCCUGUUCUCGUAUCUUUUCAUAAAUGGGCAAGGAUACUGCUCUCUCUAUUCAUUGAUAAGGUGAGUGCCCCUAACAUUGACAUUUGA